AUGGGCUUUGGCGACUUUGACGAGAUCUGCAAGAAGGCAGCGCUGCCGCUCUGUUCUUUGGUCGGCCCCUCGUCAGCAAUCUCAGGCUCUACUGGGAUUAUACCGAACUGCUAUGCGCGAAAUAUCGAGCUGGCCAACACGAUUAUCUUCGAAGGUGCUGCGUCGUUUCUCCAUAUUAUCGCGUUGGGUAUGACCGUGAUCAUGAUCCUGCACAUCAGGUCGAAAUUCACGGCUGUCGGCCGAAAGGAGAUUAUCACCUUCUUUUACAUUUACAUGGCCCUCACCGUAUGUUCGCUCGUCAUCGACGCCGGCGUAGUACCUCCUCGAAGCGGCCCUUUCCCCUGGUUCGUCGCAGUACAGAAUGGUUUGACUUCCGCACUUUGCACAAGUCUACUCGUAAACGGGUUUGUCGGAUUCCAACUAUACGAAGACGGAACAGCCUUGUCAGUAUGGCUUCUUCGGCUCACGUCAACGGUCAUGUUCGCCGUUUCCUUUCUGAUCUCUAUCCUGACGUUCAAGUCGUGGGGCGGUCUAAGUCCGACAAACACUCUUGCCAUGUUCAUCGUCUUAUAUAUCAUAAAUGCGAUCUGCAUCGCAGUAUACCUAGUGAUGCAACUUCUACUUGUGCUGAACACUCUUGAGGAUCGUUGGCCGCUCGGCCAUAUUGCAUUCGGCCUGCUUGUCUUCAUUGCAGGUCAGGUGAUCAUGUACGCUUUCGGAGAUGUCAUUUGCGACAAUGUCCAGCAUUACCUGGAUGGUCUGUUCUUUGCUACAUUCUGCAAUCUUCUCGCCGUCAUGAUGGUCUAUAAGUUCUGGGACUACAUCACAAAAGAGGACCUUGAGUUCUCCGUCGGAAUCAAGCCGAACAACUGGGAGAUCAAGGAACUUCUCCCGGACGAGGACCGUCGGACGACGGUCUACCAAGAUACGAAUUCGGAGUAUGCCGGGAGCAUGUACCAUCAUCGUGCGUCUACCUAUAACGGUCACGGCUAUUAG